GGCUGAAAGCAAAUUAAAUUGGACCAUUCAUUCCUUUCUUUUUGAGAUCUCUCUAUUUGUCUCUUUCAAAAACAGAGAGACCCCUUUAACCAACUUGGUUUAAGAUAGUAUAACAGCCAUUUUUAUUUGAAUUACAAAAAUUCCUUAUAUUUCGCAACACCCCUUUCUCUCUUCACCUUUAUUAUCAGCAAAUGUAGGGAUGCCUAUAUCCUACUACCACAUAAGCAUAUUUAUCUGAUUUUGAAUAAUACUAAUAGAAUUAGAGUCAAAGUUUCGAUCUUUGGAAAGUUUUGGAAGAGCAAAAUAUGGCAACAAAUAUUGGUAUGAUGGAUAGUGCAUACUUUGUUGGGAGGAAUGAGAUUCUAGCAUGGAUCAAUGCCAGGCUUCAGCUCAAUCUUUCUCGUAUUGAAGAGGCUGCAUCGGGAGCUGUCCAAUGCCAGAUGAUGGACAUGACUUAUCCAGGAGUGGUUCCAAUGCACAAGGUGAAUUUUGACGCAAAGACAGAAUAUGAUUUUAUUCAAAAUUACAAGGUGCUGCAAGAUGUAUUCAAUAAACUGAAAAUUGACAAGCAUAUUGAAGUCAACAGACUUGUCAAGGGUAGAACUUUGGACAACCUGGAGUUUUUGCAAUGGCUUAAACGUUAUUGUGAUUCCAUCAAUGGUGGCAUCAUGAAUGAGAAUUAUAACCCUGUGGAGCGCAGAAGUAAAGGUGGGAAGGAACGAUUUGUAAGGACCCAGAAGAGCUCAAAGUCUCUGCAAACAAGCAACACGCAUGACCAUGCCAUCGGGGAUGGGUUGGGCAUCAACAAGGUUGCAGGGACCAAGUUAGGAAGGCAAUGCCCAGUAUCUAGUGGGGUUAAUUCCUCAGUGGAGAUUCAGGCAUUGACAAAGGAGAUUACAGAUCUGAAGCUGUCAGUUGACCUUUUGGAAAAAGAAAGAGAUUUCUAUUUUGGGAAGUUACGGGAUAUUGAGAUACUCUGUCAGAGUCCUGAAUUAGAAAAUAUCCCAGUAUGAUUUCCUCAAAGAUCGCUGUUGCAGUUAAGAAGAUUUUGUAUGCUGCGGAUGAAAAAGAGUCUCUACUCACAGAAGCUCAAGAAAUUAUCCACCAAACCAUGGAUGGCCAAGCCGAAUUGAGCAAGGAGGGGGAGGAAGAAGAUUAGACGAGAUGGGUUUCUUGCCAUUAAAGGUGGGAGACCAGUCUAACAUUUGUCCCAGAAAGUCUCUUUUAGCUUUGCUCAAAUUAUGUUGGUUAUCUAUCCCGUAAUGUAGUAAAUAACCUGUUACCCCUCAGCUGUCUUGGAUGUGUUAAAAAGAUGCCAAUGCUAUCCCCCUGGAAAGAAACCAAUGUCUACUUUGGAUCAAAAUGGUCAAAUAAACAGCAUUUAGUUUACUGGGGUAUAAGCUGCAACUUUCUGUGUAGGGAAUGAAAGUAUGAAUCCUUCAGCUCCUUCCUCCUUCGCUAUUCCCCCUGGUGGAUUAGGGGCUGGAGGUCAACUUUUUUAAUUCAAGUUUAUGGCUUUCGUCAAUUCAAUA